AUGGUGAUGGAGAGUGAGCACAUGGUUGUUGGUGAUGACGUUGGUGGCGGUGAUGGUGAAGAAGACCUCGAAAUCCCCCUCUUCGGCGUGGAGACUAGGACCAAUCUAACCCACGAAACAAAGAUCGUAGAUGUGGCGGCGCUCUGUUUUGCGAAAAGCUUCGUGCUCUUGGCCAGACUGAAAAAACGUUUGCUAAAAACAGCGUCAGAUUCAGCAGCUUUACCCAAGUUUGGAUCUGGUGCUUCUGGUGGUGGCUUGGCGGCGGCGAGCUCCAAUAGUGGGAGCAACCGCGGCGGGCCUUAUGCUCCAGAAUCUCCUUCAAUAAAUGGCCCAGUAGAUGCUUUCUUCUUUGCAAGGUGUGCGGUGACUGCUCUGCUCCUCCUGGAUGGCCGUGGUGGUAGGGGGGAGAAGCACGGCGAUUUGACAAGGUAUUUUGUGCCACUUUCAAGUGGCAGCAACUCUAAACCAAGCGCAGAUGAGAGUGAAAAUGUUAUGGACAUUGUGGUACAUCAAGAGAAAGAGCAAGAUGUAGGCAAAGAGACGGAAAAUUCCACGGCUGCCGAACAAGUGGAAGAAGCUAAUGGAGAUUCUAGGACUGCCGAACAAGUGGAAGUGGAAGAUAUUGAUGUGAAUGAGAAUGUUGAUGUUCAACAAGAUGAAGGUAUACAAUAUUUUGGUCUAGAUGACAUCAAAUUUGAUCCAGGACUUCGCAUUCCAAUUGAUCAAUUUCAUCCCAAUAUUAGAGAUGAUGUUAAAUUUGCAUAUCUAGAGAAAGGUCCAACUCAACCAACUCGUCAUAAAUUCCGUAGAGAUAGAGAUGAUAGAAGCUUUCGGCCAAAUUGGUAUAAGGAAUUUAAUUGGUUGGAAUAUAGUGUGGACAAGGAUAAGGCAUAUUGCUUCUACUGCUAUCUUUUUAAAAAUGACCAGAUGCAUGAAAAAUUUGGUUAUGAUGUAUUCACCAAAUCUGGCUAUGACCAUUGGAAAAAUGCGGUGGCUGCAUUCCGUAAGCAUGUUGGUGGGGCAUGUAGCAUUCAUAAUAAUUCAAGGACAGCUUGUGUAGAUUUUCAGAAUCAAAGGGCAAGUUUGAAAAGCAAAGUUAUAACUUAUAGCAAAGACUCACUAGUCAAGUAUGAAACCCGCGUGGAUACAUCUUUGGGUAUUGUGAGUCAUCUAGCAUUGCAAGGUGAACCAUUUCGUGGACACGAUGAGUCCUCCUCUUCUUUGAACAAAGGCAAUUUUUUGGAAAUGCUUGAUUGGUAUAAAGAAAGGAAUAGAGAAGUGAAACUUGCAUUUGAUGAGUUGUGUCCUAAAAAUGCAAAGAUGAUUUCCUCAGAUAUUCAGAAAAUACUUGCCAGACAUUGUGCGGAAGCGGUCACCAAACGCAUCAAAGAGGAGAUGGAUGGUUGUCUUUUCACCGUUCUUAUUGAUGAAUCUCGUGAUAUAUCGGUCAAAGAACAAAUGGCCGUGGUUGUGAGGUAUGUGAACAAAAGUGGAGAGAUUAUUGAAAGAUUUUUGUGCAUUAAGCAUGUCCCAAACACAACAUCGGCAGCUCUAAAGGAGGCACUUUUGGAUGUAUUUGGUAAACAUGGUCUACUCAUUGCAAGACUACGAGGGCAAGGGUAUGAUGGAGCAUCUAAUAUGAGAGGACAAUUUAAUGGCCUUCAGAAGUUAAUUCGUGAUGAGAACCCAUAUGCUUUCUAUAUUCAUUGCUUUGCCCACCAGUUGCAGUUGAUAGUUGUUGCUUUAUCGAGAUGUUGCAAAGGUCUUGAAGAUUUCUUUGACGAUGCGUCUAGUAUUGCCAAUCUUUGUAGUUCAUCUUGCAGGAAGAUGGAUAUAUUGCUUGAUAAGCAUAAAGAGAUUCUUCUGGCUAAGAUCAAGAACGGUGAUAUGCCCACGGGAAGAGAAGUUUUGGGCAUUGUUGAGGAUGACGCGCGUAAUCCAACUAAGGCAGGAGGUUAUGUUCAUAAAAUGGAGACAUUUAACUUUGUGUUCAUCAUGAAGAUGAUGUUAAAACUACUUCGUAUGACAAAUGAUGUCUCUUUUCUAUUGCAAAAGAAGGAUCAAAAUAUUGUUGAGGCAAUCUCUUUGGUUACGGAUGUGAGAACACGUUUGGUCAAUUGGAGGAAUCAUGGUUGGGAGUCACUCUUUGAAGAGGUCAAAUCAUUUUGCAUUGAAAAUGAAGUCAUAAUCCCAAGUAUGGAUACCAUGGUAACAAGAUGGGGUAAAACAAGAAAAGGAGGAAAAUACCAGGUCACCACUGAUCAUUUUUAUCGUGUUGACACCUUCUAUGUUGCUAUAGACUCUAUUGUCACUGAGUUUGAUCAUCGUUUUAAUGAGGCAUCUUCAGAGGUUCUUCAAAACUUUUCUUGUCUUGAUCCACGAGACUCAUUUGCCAGGUUUAAUGUGAAUAAGCUUGCUCGCCUUACAGAGAUUUAUUAUGAGGAUUUCUCUGAUUAUGAGCGUGAGCAUAUACAGGAUGCCCUUGAGCUAUUCCAUGUUCAUAUGACGAGAGUUGAAGAUUUUAGAGAUUGUCUUGAUAUUGCAAGCCUAGCUAAAAGGAUGGUUGAGCUUAAAAGGCACACCAUGUUUCCUACUGUUUACCGCCUCAUUGAGUUGGCAAUGCUUUUACCGGUGGCGACGGCAACAGUUGAAAGAGCAUUCUCAGCUAUGAAGAUUAUCAAGACAGAGUUGCGCAACAAGAUGUCCGAUGGUUGGCUUAAUGAUUUGAUGGUGUGCUACAUCGAGCGAGGGAUAUUCAAAAGUCUUGAUCUUUCUGAAAUUAAAAAAGAUUUUCAGAAGGAAGGUAGGGCUCUGCCAUUGCCUGGGACUUCAAGACGACACUAA